GUCUCUCUUUUUCUUCUUCUUCUUUCCCGUCUCUUCUGUUUCUUAUCUUCUUCUUCUUGAAAAAUAGCAACUUAUAAAGUGCUUCUCUCAGACUCUGCUCUCUUCCCAGAAUCUAAUUCAAACUCGGCCCUGGAUCUCUCUUUUACUUCAAAGGUUGCAGAUCUGAGGUUGCUUCUUCCUUCACCACAAUCACUCUUCCAUCACUGUGUGUAGUAUGGAGACUGGAGAGACCCAUAACCAUGUGGGUCGAAGAGUUCUCAGAAGGAGAAAACAGAAGAAGAAGGGAUCAGUGAUGUACUGGUGACUGGUUUGCAGCCCAAUGUCAAACUCGGUUACAAGCCCAACCGUACCGAACCGACCGAUUAAUUCGGUAUACCGGUCGGUAGUGGUAUGGUUUUUUGCAUACCAAUAUAAGUUGGUACGGUACAUGGUAUCGGCCUGUAAGCUCCGGUACCGAACCGAACCCAGCCCUACCCAUACCCGACUCAUCAAAACCAGCCCGGCAGCCCACCCGAAAGUUUUGUUUGACUUGUGAGUGGAUAAGCUGAUGGGAAGGAACCCAAUCCAACAAGAAUCUUCCAAAAAGGCCAAAACAACGUUCAGCACAAAGUACACAUCCGAUGUCAGUAGUAAAAGCCCGAGAACGACCCACGAGUCCAAUCCCACCGCAAACGCCAUCCCCUCCCGUACGAUUCCAUCUCCCUUCACUCUCAGCCGUCAAUUUACCCUCCACAAACAACUAUUCCCUCCCUUUUUCCCGGAUUCCAAAUUCCAUUCCAAUCAGUUUAAUAUUUUCCGAGCAAGAACAAGAACACCAAAAGCCCACAUUAAUAGCGUGGCGACAACGCUUGGUUUCUGUGCUUUUAAAUGGUGAACAGUAUGUUUCUUUGUGCUUAAAUUGCUGAGCUUUACACACAAAACCCAAGCAAAGAAAGAGUACGAGAGAGAAGAGAAGGGUUUGAAGAUGUCAGGGACAACGGGAGGAGCUCCGGAGGAAGAUAAGAAGCCCAGUGAUCAAUCUGCCCACAUUAACCUCAAAGUGAAGGGUCAGGAUGGUAAUGAGGUAUUCUUCAGGAUCAAACAUAGCACCCAGCUGAAGAAACUCAUGAAUGCCUACUGUGAUCGGCAGUCAGUGGACAUGAACUCCAUUGCAUUCUUGUUUGAUGGACGCAGACUCCGGCCAGAGCAGACUCCAGAUGAGCUUGAGAUGGAAGAUGGUGAUGAGAUUGAUGCAAUGCUGCACCAAACUGGAGGAGGGUGGGCAUGAGACCCUUUCGCUGCUGAGGACUGGAUUCCACAGAAGAUCAAGUUUCUUACUUCGUUUCUUCUAUCGAAAGUGGCUCUAAUUUUAGAAAAAAAAAAUGUAUAUGAAAGAUAAUGUUUCUUAUUAGUUGUUAUGUAAUGGAAUUCUGAAUGGUUAUUGCUGCUAGUCUAGUGUGCUGAUGCUAGAGCGGUUGCAACUAUUCUGUUGUUCUAAUUUCACCAUGAAACCCUUUCGCUGCUGCGGACUGGAUUCCACAGAAGAUCAAGUUUCUUACUUCGUUUCUUUAUCAAAAGUGGCUGUAAUUUUAGAAAAAAUGGAUAUGAAAGAUAAUGUUUCUUAUAAGUUGUUAUGUAAUGGAAUUCUGAAUGGUUAUUUCUGCUA